GGCUUUGGGUCCCUGCAGGUGGAGAGCUGUGGCAGCCUCGGUACUUUGCGGAGAAGGGAGGGGCCCGAGGGCGGGCGGACCCCAGAUGAUCAAACAGUCAGUCCACAAGCAUUUACUAAUUGAUGUAUGGAAUUGUGUCCUUUCCCCUUUCAGCAGUCUCCCAGCAACACCCUUGGGUACAGAGCUAGCUUUGCCGAAGAGGCAAAGGUCAUUUCGGAGCAGCUGCAAGGUCAGGGGGGAGCAGAUAUAUCUACCAUAGAAGCCGAGCUCCCACCUCCCGACUUGAGUUCCUCCGCCUCUUUUCUGGACCUACCAAGCAGUGACGAGGCCCAGGUGCAGCCCAGUGACCGCUCACUUCCCCCCGCUAUUCUCGACCCUGUGCAGGAGCCUUCCCCGGCCACCCCCAGUGACCAGGGCCUUCUGUUUCUCAAAAGGCUGCUAGCUUUGGAGGAGGCUGCCAGCCCUGGCAGUCUGGUCAGAUGGGAGCUCUGUAGCCUGUCGCCUGAUGCUGUGCAGGCUGCUGAUCCCUGCUCCUUGGCCCCCCAGCCAAGCACUGAGCUCAAUAAGACCUGUCUGCUUAGCUCAGGCACUCCCCUGCCUCAAGCAGCCCAGCCAGAAGGCAGCCAGGCUCCAGAUGACCAGGCCAGUGAGGAAGGGGCUCUCCUCCAAGUGCAGGACCUCUCAGACAUCCUCAUCAAUAAGACUUUCUUCUUUAGCAGGGCUCCCAUUGGGACCUCCACCCCAUAUGGAGCUCCAGAAGGGCUGAGGCUGCUUGAAGGGGCAUCUUUUUUCUCCUUCCCAGAGAUCCCCCAAGCUCAGGAAGCACCCGGUGUGGCUGAGGCGGCCCAGCCCAGUGCCAGACGCCCCCAGAGGCCUCGAGUAGCCACAGGCAGCCCGCCUAAGGCCACCCCAAAAAGUGGCCCUCUGGGGAAGCUGGGCCAGGAGAACCGAUCCCUGGCUGGGGCCUCUUUAGCUGUUUCCAGGAGGGGGCAUCAGGCCCUUCCUCUGCCUGGGCAGAAAAGAUGGUCACCUGUCCCCUUCAAAACUUCCCACUUGCCUGUCCUGUGCAAGUCCAGAAGGGAACCCUUGGCAUCUCCAGGAGCUAGGCAGCAGAAAGGCAGGAUCUGUGAGGCGGGCAGGAUGAAGGAAGCAGAACCACCUGCCAAGGCAGGGAAUAAUCCACCCUCGGCAGUCAAGGUGUCUCAAUUCCUCCACAGCAAAUCGACGCCACCUCGAAUCUUGCAUCAGAGGGGUCCCAGUGCUUGGGACUCUAAAUCCAGGGACCCUCAGGCAGCUCGAAUUUUGAAGCCCUUGCCUUGUAACCAGGGCACCCGAUCCAGAGUCCCGUCCAGGACAGGUAAGUCCUCUGAGCUUGGGAGUUUGGGAAAAGAGGGAGAACUUGGGCACACAUUCACUCCCCAGGCUCUAGUCUCCCUUCCCAGCCGAGCAUCCUUUAGGAACUAGGGCUAUGAGCCGAACAAGCUGGGGGCCAG